CCAGACCUGGGGCAGAUCUCUCCCGAAUCCGGUCCCAAGAGAAGCCUUACCCUGCGCUCCCAGCACCCAGCACCCAGCACCCAGCACCCAGCACCGCAGAGUUAUAACAGUCUCUGGCUAAAGGCUUUGUGCUUGAUAAUGACACAGUUCGGGAAGGCUUGGGAGCCCGUGGCUUAUCUCCAAUCAGUGAGCCCCAUACUAUUGGGAAUCGUCUCUCAGAUCAAUGGCUCGGCAACGUUGGACGAAAUGGAGUUUGUCAAGAAAAACUUGGACUCUAUUGACCGGGAGCUGGCAACAGGGAAGGGCUUGAUGCAUGAUAGUGAGGUCACUAGAUGUGAGGAUGACAUCACAGUCGUCUAUCAGCAGCUGACCGCGGUUGUCCGGGCAGAGAAGUCCUACACCGGGCGUGAGAGGGAAGUGUUCCUGCAGUACAUGCAAGAUUACAAGAUAGAGAGGCAACUGAACGCCUUGUACAACCGACUUCUCGGCGUGUCCGUCUUAGCAGAACAGCCCACUCUUCUCCAACUGGUCAUAAAGGACCACCGUCCCCGCCGGUGGGAAAUGAUUGCCUUCUGCCAGAGGGUCAACUUCGUCCUGGCCACCGGCCUUCUGUCUCUCUUCGUUCAUGGAUCUCUGACUGGCCGAGACGUGCAGCUGAUGAUGGGGAGAUGGACCGAUAAGAUGACCGUUCUGUAUCGAAGAAUGGAAGACACCUCGCGGGACUGCGCAUCUUAUUUCAAGGAACAGGCCCAAGAGGACGUGGAGAACUUUUUGUCGGCCAAUGAGACUCUCAAGGAUCAAGAGAAAGCAGCUACAAUUCUGAAGAUGCUGGAGAAGAAUUACGACUGGCUACGUUGGGCAGUGAUGGUAUCUCAGCCAAGUGGGGAGAAGUCUGCCGAGGUCUUAGUCAAGGGCAACUACAUCUCAGUAAGAGGGGAGUGUGGGACUCAAGUGGUAGCUUGUUACAGCGAGAGCCCGGCUUCCUUGGACCGGUCAAAAACUCACCAGCUAAUCGGGGAAUUAGAAUGGAAGAUCCCAAACCCACCCCCUGAUGUCUAUGCCAACAUUGAGGCAGAACCUGGUUAUGCCAAGCGAUAUUUGGCCCAACGAAUGCUCCAGAAACUCUCCGAGGGCUUGGGAAAGGGGGUAACUAUACACACGGUACCCGGAAAGCUAGAGGUUGCUGGGAAUUUCCCCCAGGCCUCCUUCACUGUGUAUGAGUACAAGCACCGAAUGGCAUCUGGUACCGUCUGUAUCUUUGGGUGAUGGCGUAACAGAUGGUAACGUACAUAAUGUAGUGCCACCGUGAGUCCUACUGGUUCCUCAGGUUCUCUCACUGGUUGGUCCAUUCCCUUUGAUACAUAUCAUAACGUCGAAUGUGAAACGAAUAUUAAAUAUCAUUAAAAAUACUGAUCAGUUUCUGU